UCCUGUCACAGCCCACAAGGGAGCUGUAGUCUCUAGAGGAAGGCAAAGGAGGAGUAAAACCUUGCUUAGUGGUUGCUAGGAGACACAUGCACUAGCUGCAGUCAGUAGGGGACUUUUGCUACACAAAUAAUGUGACAGGAAGCGACAGCAGAACUUAAGCUUCUUUAUCUCCCUACAGCACCACAAGACCACUGAUAUCUAUCAGCUACUGAUACCCAGAGAGCAGUUACCUCUGAGACCUGCUGCCAACAUGGAGUCGCACGUGUCAGAUAAUGUCUUGGAUACUACACAUCAACACCAGGGAACAGCAAACUUUAGAUUAAUAACAAAUGGCUCAAAUACAAGAAGAUCUAGAGCUGAAUAUCAAACUAUGGAUAUCUCCCAGCAGACAAUUCAAGAUAAGGAUCAACUGAUGGAACUUGGGCAACACACAACAUACGUAGAGAUCAAACGAGAAGAAAUGGAUCACCCAAUAUCUGACCAAAUAGUUGUCACAGAGGGUAAACCUUCUACGUUUAUUGAGAGUUCAGAAAAUGUUCUAAUAAAUGGAACCCCUCAACUCAAGCAAAUGACUGAAGAAGAGGAAAAGCCUUUUAUGUGUACCGAAUGUAAAAAAACCUUUGCACGUAAAUCAUCUCUUGUACAACACCAAAAGCUUCAUACAGGAGAGGAUCUACCCACCUGCAAAGAGUGUGGGAAAGUUUUUACACAAAAUUAUAGUUUGAAAUAUCAUGAAAGGAUCCACAAAGGUGAGAAGCCUUUCACAUGCAAAGAGUGUGGGAAAGCAUUUACGCUAAAACGCACUCUCACAAUUCAUGAACGUAUUCACACCGGUGAGAAACCAUAUUGGUGCCCAGAGUGUGGGAAGCGGUUUGCACGAAAGCCAGGUCUUCUAAGUCACCAAAGAGUUCAUUAUGUGGAUCUUAGUAAAGUUGAGUUUUAUAAAAUGACCUUCAUAUGUGUAGAAUGUGGCGAUACAUUUCCCAAAAAAAAUCAACUACAGUGCCAUUUGCGGAGUCACAAAGUUGUAAAACCAUUUAGUUGUGAUGUGUGUGGGAAAAGUUUUUCAAAAAAGAAUAAUUUGGAUUCUCAUAUACGAAUUCACACGGGAGAAAAGCCAUUCAGUUGUACACAGUGUGGGAAAAGCUUUACGCAAGAGAUUGGUCUUGUUUAUCAUGAGAGGAGUCACACAGGGGAGAAACCUUACACAUGUACACAGUGUGGGAAAAGCUUUUCACAAAAGAGUAAUCUCAGUACUCACAUGAAGGGUUCACACUGAGUAAGAAAAUAAUUUACUGAUAUGGAGUUGGUUCCAUAUUAUAUCAGAGGACUUACACAGGGAUAAAAAGUUUAACAUAUACAAAGUUUGAAAAAAGCUUUACCCGAAAGACCAAUCUUAAAUUGCAUUUGUCUAUUAAGUCUGAGAAAACCUGUACAGAAGUAUAAAGUUUAUAAUAAAUUUGUAUGAAUCUGGUUCUUCUGACCCAUCAAAGGAGUUAUACAGAGCUGAAGUCAUUUGCAUGCAAUUAAUAUGGAAAAUAAAAUAUGCUUUUACUAAAUUCUACAGGGGAGUAACAACUUAUAUAAACAUAGUAUGUAAAAUCUCUUCUGCAUUGUCAUGGGGUAUAAUAGGCAUUGCACUCACACAAGAGAGACAACAUAUAUUUACAGAAUAGGGAAGUCAUUUGGCAGGUUAUUGAUCUAUUUAUUUAGGGAAUAUGGGAUGAGACAUCUGUUGUGUGCACAGCUAGCACCAGAUAAAUAGUUACAAAUCAUUGAAAUUAGGUGAAAAUUGAUGCUUUAGAACAUGACACAGAAAGGAUAGAAUCAUGUACAGACUUGAUCAAGUUGUUGACACCAUUUAGUCUAAAUAGAUCAUUCGGUCUAAAUUCGAGAUAAACUUACUGAAUUUCAUACAUAAAGAUAUUGAUUGUCCUAAUGUGUCUAAACGAUGCUUUAUUUUAGGAGAAGGAGGUUAUGUCAUCUGAUAAUAACACAGAGAAUGAAGCAAAACUUAAAAGAUUUACCAUAAUUGGAUUAUAUGAACUUUUGGUUAUUUGAUCUUAUUGGACUAAUACUUUGUAUACCAAAGGGCCGGGCAAGUUUUCAUUCCAAGUAUGGGACACAUUUAUGUUUUGGCAACAUAUUUUAACUAAUUUUCUUUUGAUAUUAUAAUUUACAUAUAUUAAUGUAUAUGUUUUUUUUUAUUGUUAAGCAUCAGAUUAUCUUCAGUAGUGUACAAGUUUAAUUAAUUAGAUGUCAUGUGACAAUGCUGUAAAGUUUCAUUAAUAAAAAAGAAAGUUAUUUUGUUU